AUCCCGCUUACUGCUAUUGGUAACUUUGUGUAUUUUGUAAACACAAAGGUUCUUUUUAUAAAUUUGACAUACAAUAAUUUUUUGUUUGCCGUUAAAGAGGUUUUCAAUUACAGAUUUUGUAUCAAAUACGACUGUAAUUUUAGGCAUACAUACAUACAAACGUGCAUAAUAGGCAACAACAAAUAAAUGGAAACGAUACAACUCACUUUUAAUAUGUGGAAAUUUGUGUGCGAGUUUUAUCGCCAAUUCCUGUAUUCCUCCUCUUCCUUCAGUUUUUCAGCUGCCUGGUUUCUAGUGCGUGUUGUUGUUUGUAGGUGUAGUUGUUUUUACUCUUUCGCAUGAUCGCUACGAACGCGCAAGCAUCUCCCCGUUUUUGAGUUGAUCGCUUUUUUCGUUCCGCCUUUUUUACUUCCAUUUAUUCCCGUGCAAGGUAAGUGCCGUUUAACGUACUUGGUAACUAACCAUCCAAAACCCUUAUACAUCCGCAAUUUCGUAUUGGAUAUUUUCUAAAUGAGCUCAGAUUCAAAAGAAUCUAAAGCAAUACAGUCACUAAAAGUUCCUAAAAUGAUUCCAGAAGAAAAGAGCCCUUGUAGACCUGCUGAUGCUACACGCUCAAAGCAAGGUGCUACAAAGCAAAAAAGGCUGAAAGAUAUUUCAUAUACUAAGUUUAUUGCUGAGAGUGUCAGUCUAAUUCGAUACUGCACUCGAUUUUCAACUUCACCGAUUCAAGAUAAUUCUGAAUCGGUAUUAGAAAUCAAGAAAGAAAAUCUGGGCAAUUUCUGGAUACGUCUCCAAGCUGUGUAUGACGCAAUAGUAGAAUCUGACGAAUCAGAUCUACCUGAAAAUUUCAAAUCUUCAGCAUACUCAAAAUAUGAAAACUGCUUAGACCAGUACGAGGAAACGAGAGCUAUGAUCUCCGAUCAAUUGAAACUAAUUAAAGCAAUUGAACCUACUCCACAAACGAGAGUAGAGCUGCCACAAGUUCAAAACCAAGAGGCGAGUUCAGGCAUCCACCUCAAGGUGCCCGCAUGGGACACUGAAAUUUUUCAUGGUGGUUAUGAACAAUGGCCGUCCUUCCGGGACAUGUUCACAGCCGUUUACAUAAACCACCCAAAAUUAUCUAAUGCACAAAAAUUGCAUCACCUCCGAUACAAAACAAAAGGUCAAGCAGGGGUAUUAGUCAAACAAUUCGCUCUUAAUGACGAAAAUUUCAAUUAUGCUUGGGAAGCUCUAAAAGCUCGUUACGAGAACGAAAGAAUAUUAGUCGACAAACAAGUCACGAUAUUAAUGAAUUUACCAAAAAUUCAGAAAGAAACAAGUGAAGAAUUUAUAAAACUUCAAUCCAUUGUUUCAAAUUGCUUGUCGGUUCUAGCGACAAAGAAUAUUCCCACAGACAAUUGGGACCCCAUUCUGGUAAAUAUAUGCACAUCUGCAUUACCAGAAAAAUCGUUACUUUUGUGGGAGCAGUCGCUCUCAUCACGAAGAAAGUGCCUAACCUGGCAACAAAUGAACGAUUUCUUAACUACCCAAUACGAAAUUGCGGAAAGGGUUGAUAAAAAAAUGGUCAGAACUAAAAACGUUCAACACGACCUAAAUCGAAGCUUCAUUAGACCCCAAGCAAGUAACAACAACAACUUAAAUCGUAGUUUCAAGCGUUCACAUCCGAACAAAAUAAACAAACGUCAUGCGAACUGUGUAAAGGAGGGCACAGGCUGAAAUCUUGCGAGAGAUUUAAAAAAAUGAAUAUUGUCGACCGCAACAAUUUCGUAAAAACUAAAAGACUGUGUACAAUAGGGUGGUUUUAGUGAAUAGAAGUGAAUUUUUUUUUCUGAAAUUUAUGUGUGCUCACUUCUAGGAAUGUGCCAUUUAGUGUAAAAAUACAAUUGUAAAAGUUUCAGCUUAAUCGAACUUUGGCUUCCCGUGCCGAAAGAGCCUUGAAGUUUGAUAAAAUGGCCGUUUUUCGCGGAAAAGCGUUAUGUUUCGAGUUUAACUUAUGACUGAUUCCACCUAUUACAAUAAAUUUAUUAUCAAAUGAAAGGUAAUUUUGUUGAAAUUAAAGUCUAUUAUAAUAGAUUUUCUUUAGAAAUGUAUGGUUUGGAAGAUAUUUAACAUUUAUUGGACCAAGUUCGUGUUAUGUGCCUUUUUGGUGGCACUCAUACAUGUAUUUUAAAUUAGAAUUUUAUAUAUUCAUGAAAGGUAUGAAGGCCGAAGACAGCCCUUCCUUACUUGUUUUUAAGUAUUUUUUGACAUUUUGGUGAGUUUGGCCUUGGCCUAAGAUAGUGACAUAAUUGGGCCGUCAAAUUUCUUAACUUUUCAUUCUAUGCAACUUUACUUUAGUAUAUCCUAUCUUCUUCUUCUUUACUGGCGUAGACACCGCUUACGCGAUUAUAGCCGAGUCAACAACAGCGCGCCAGUCGUUUCUUCUCUUCGCUACGUGGCGCCAAUUGGAUAUUCCAAGCGAAGCCAGGUCCUUCUCCACUUGGUCCUUCCAACGGAGUGGAGGUCUUCCUCUUCCUCUGCUUCCCGCGGCGGGUACUGCGUCGAAUACUUUCAGAGCUGGAGUGUUUCCAUCCAUCCGGACAACAUGACCUAGCCAGCGUAGCCGCUGUCUUUUAAUUCGCUGAACUAUGUCAAUGUCGUCGUAUAUCUCGUACAGCUCAUCGUUCCAUCGAAUGCGAUAUUCGCCGUGGCCAACGCGCAAAGGACCAUAAAUCUUUCGCAGAACUUUUCUCUCGAAAACUCGCAACGUCGACUCAUCGGUUGUUGUCAUCGUCCAAGCCUCUGCACCAUAUAGCAGGACGGGAAUUAUGAGCGACUUAUAGAGUUUGGUUUUUGUUCGUCGAGAGAGGACUUUACUUUUCAAUUGCCUACUCAGUCCGAAGUAGCACCUGUUGGCAAGAGUAAUCCUGCGUUGGAUUUCAAGGCUGACAUUGUUGGUGGUGUUAACGCUGGUUCCUAAAUAGACGAAAUUAUCUACAACUUCAAAGUUAUGACUGUCAACAGUGACG